ACACGUGACCACGCGGUCUGUCAUGUGACUUGUGUUAAAGCGGCUCUGCUACCUGGCUGUGGAAAUACUUCGCAUACCCGACAACUAAACAGGCUUAUCUGUUUGACGUAACACUUUUUGGCAGCACUUCUUUCCCGUCCCGCCUCUCAUUCCGCGUCAUGGCCCUCCUCCUCUUCGUCAGGACGUGAAACACCGCCACGCUGACGACAACCGCAGAGCCCAGCGCCAGGAUGACCAAGCCCAGCGCCAGCAGGUGAGAGGUCCCACCGGCGGAGUGGUUUAACUGGUCCCACACGCCCACGCCCACGCAGCUGAAGCCGAUGACAGUCCCCCAAAAGCCGAAGGCCAACAUGCACGAGCCGCAGGACAGCUCAACGCCGCCCGUUACCACGGUGAUGCCCGCCACUGAGACCACGCCUCCAGUGGUCGCCUGUCCUACUUACCUCCAACUUAUCUCUGUUGCUCCUCAGACGUGCACACUCUACACCUGACAGGGCAGACUUUGGGACCUUCACGUGACCCUUAAGAGAUUUGGGAGAAAGGAGGAGGAGACGCUGAGAUCCAAGCAUGGGGAACAGCACAAGUAGCGCCUUGUCCAAGGAAAUCCUGGAGGACCUGAAGUUGAGCACCAAGUUCACCGAGCAGGAGAUCAGCCAGUGGUACGAGAACUUCCAGAAGCAGUGCCCGAGCGGGCGCAUCACACCCGAGGAGUUUGAGCAGAUCUACGCCCGCUUCUUCCCGGACAGCGACGCCAAGAGCUACGCCCGCCAUGUCUUCCGCUCCUUUGACACCAACGACGACGGCACGCUGGACUUCAAGGAGUACAUCAUCGCUCUGCACAUGACCUCCACUGGGAAGACCACCAGGAAGCUGGAGUGGGCCUUCUCUCUCUUCGACGUGGACAAGAACGGGUACAUCAACAAGACGGAAGUGACGGAAAUCUGCCAGGCCAUCUUCAAGCUGAUCCCCAAGGAGGAGCAGAGCAGACUACCACAGGACGAGAACACCCCAGAGAAACGAGCCAACAAGCUGUGGUCCUACUUUGAGAAGAAAGACAACGAGAGACUGGCUGAAGGCGAGUUCAUCAAGGGAGUCAUCGAGAAUGAAAACGCGAUGCGACUCAUCCACUAUGGACCACUCAAGCAAUAAAAGCAUUCACUCUUACUGUCCACCAAUCACCUCUUUCACAAUGCUUUUGUGGAAAUACUCUUGCUUGCCACAGACUUACCAUUUUCUUUUCAACACUUGUGAAUAAUAUAUAGAUUAGCGGCGCACGAUAUCUUUUUUACAAACCCAUACCAAUAACUUUCUGCUUCUCAAGGCCAAUAUGGUAUCGAUAACCGAUAGCAAACUGGCAAACCUUUUGCACGUUCAAACGCUACGGCGCUGGCGUUUCAGGUGGCUGAUGAGGUAUUUGUGUGCUCGAUGGGGUUUUGCUUUUCCCCUCAUCGCAGCACAACGUCCUUCCUCAUAAAGAGAAUGUUUGUUUACAAGAGAGCUCAGGGGAAGUUACGACAGGCCGUUCACGUCACAGGCAGGAGGAAAAGGAGCGCUUGAUUUGCUCACCCGCACAUUAUGGGUAAUGUCACCUCAUUGGAGCGUUUUUUUUUAUGUUAUCGAAACAAUUUUUAAUGGUAUUGGAUUCAUCAGUAUGAUGUCAUAAUUCCUUCAUAUCGUGCACCCCUAAUAUAUAUAUAUAUGUGUGUAUAUGUGUGUAUAUGUGUGUAUAUGUGUGUAUGUAUACACAGUUAAAGCUUCAAUUAUUCCCACCCUGGAAGUGAAUUGUAUUUGUUGAAUGGGCGUCUUUUGCUGGAAGUGACAAGUGAAAAUGAAAAGUAGCAAAAGACUGUAAUACGUGGUGUUAUUAAAUUAAGAUGCCCUUUAAAAAUGUCUAUUUUUAACACAUGGCUCACUCCUCCCGCUGCAAACCCUCCUGCUAGCUUGACAUUCUCCGAUUUCAAGCAUUUGCAAUAAAAGUUAUGAGAGUCAGUUCACUCUUGACAAGUUGAAUCCCUAAAUAUGCCUCACACACUUACU